GUUUGUGGCUUCGUUUACAAGGGUGAGGUGCGAGUCGCGUUUUUUCGAUUAUUUUGAUUAACAAUCAGUUUAUCAAAAUGAAAUAGUGUUAAAACUUACGACGUGCUCAAAUAUGUGUCGUUCUAGUGCUUUAACAAUACAUAGUUUGUUUGAAGUGUAGUGUCCAACAUGUUUCGGUGUAUACCUUUGUUCAAAUGUAAUCGCCAAGUGGAAUGUGUAGACAAACGGCAUUGCUCUUUGCCAAACGUACCUGAAGACAUAUUGCGAUAUUCCAGAAGCUUGGAGGAACUUUUUUUGGAUGCCAAUCACAUACGGGAUUUGCCGAAGAAUUUCUUCAGGCUACAUCGACUCAGAAGAUUAGGGCUUAGUGAUAAUGAAAUUCACAAACUCCCACCAGAUAUUCAGAAUUUUGAAAACUUAGUUGAGCUAGAUGUAUCUCGAAAUGAUAUUCCCGACAUCCCUGAGGACAUCAAGAAGCUGCGAGCGCUUCAGAUCGCGGACUUCAGCAGCAACCCCAUUCCUCGGCUGCCAGCGGGCUUCAGCCAGCUGCGGGCCCUCACCGUCCUCGGGCUAAAUGACAUGUCCCUCACCAGCUUGCCCAGCGACUUUGGAAGUUUGGUGUCGCUGCAGUCGUUGGAGUUGAGAGAAAAUCUUCUGAAGUCAUUGCCAGAGUCUCUGAAAAACCUUACCAAAUUAGAGAGACUGGAUUUAGGGGACAAUGAAAUAGAAGAAUUGCCGGGUUUCAUCGGUGAGCUGCCCGCUCUAGAAGAAUUAUGGUUGGAUCACAACAAACUGCAGUACUUACCACCAGAAAUAGGAAACCUAAAAGCGCUGACAUGCCUCGACGUCAGCGAGAACAAACUGGAGAAACUUCCAGAAGACAUCGGGGGACUAUCUUCAUUGACCGACCUGCACCUAUCACAAAACAUGUUAGAAACGGUACCAGACGGUAUCGGACACUUAUCCAAGUUAGCUAUAUUAAAGUUGGACCAAAAUAGAUUACAUACGUUAAAUGAUAAUGUAGGAAGGUGUACAAAUCUACAAGAGCUUAUAUUAACGGAGAAUUUUUUAAUGGAGCUGCCUAAGUCGAUUGGAAAUCUCAACGAGUUGACAGUACUGAAUGUAGAUAGGAACUCUUUGGGUGAAAUACCGGUAGAUAUUGGGAAUAUGACUUUGUUGGGAGUGCUAAGUUUAAGGGACAACAAGUUAACGAGACUACCAAACGAGCUGGGGAAUUGUAAAUCGCUGCACGUUUUAGAUGUUAGUGGAAACAGGUUACAGUACUUACCAUAUACACUAGUUAAUUUGGAAUUGAAAGCGGUGUGGUUAUCAGAAAAUCAAGCGCAACCGCUACUGACCUUCCAAACCGAUAGAGACGAAACGACCGGAGAGAAUGUUCUCACUUGCUUUCUGCUACCGCAGCUUAGUUACACUCAACAACCAGAGCUGGAUCACACAGAGGUCGGCAGUGGAAACUGGUUCAGGGAUCACAGAUUUAUGUCACAAUCGCAAGAGCUAGAUAAAAUAAGAGAAACGAUACCGCGCGACCGAGAUUCCGAUAACGAAGAUUGGGAAGAGAAGGAGGCAUCACGAACACAUUCCGUCAAAUUCACCGAAGACGUGCCAGAAACCAGAGAGACUCCGUUCGUGCGUCAAAACACGCCUCACCCGAAGGAGUUGAAGGCAAAGGCACACAAGCUGCUAGGCCGGUCACCAGAGGUCGUCACGGUGCCAAACGAACAGCCUACGGCUAACGGACUCCCAUUGACGGCACCAGAACCUGCCCCUCUGCCUGUAGAGGUUGUUGAAACUGUACACAAUAAUGAAGCUCCGCCCGAGAUUGUAAAAGACGACGAUAGCGACAACCAAACGGCAGCAGACGGCAGGGAAUCCUCCGAAGGCGAAAAUGACGAAAACGACGACUCUGACGAGUUGGAGCAUGGUUCUCGGCGGGUGGCAUGGCGCACGACGGUGGAGGACCGAGACGCGGGCCCUGGAGCAGGCCGGCUGCACCGCCGCGACACGCCCCACCACUUGAAGAACAAACGCGUGAACCAGAUCGACGCGGGUCGAGCGCGCGAUCUAAUAGCGCAGGCGAUUAAAAAAAGAGAGCAGCAAGAGGAUCAGAAGACUGAUGAAGAUGAAACCGAGCCCGAAACCGUGGAGGCGGCGAUGGAAGACGUGCACGAUGGUGAGUGACUGUAAUAUAGUAAUUUAG